AUGACAAAGGCCAAUGCAAGGCAUGUGAAUGGCUUCAAUCUUGAAAAUGUCAUAAAGCCCAAUGGUGAAAGUGUGAACGCCUCUCAUUUGGACAAGAUGAAAGUGACUAGGAAUGACCAACAACAUGAUCAAGUUGCUGGGUCCUCAUCUAAAUCAAAAGUACCACAAGUGGGAGUAAGUUGUAAUGCACUAUUUCCUUCAAAUUGCAUUUCAUGGCUACCAAAUCUAAGGGAACUAAUAGUGGACAGUUACACUUUCACAAUGGAGUCAAGCGGGUUAGAAGAAAACAGUGAACCAGAGGAACUAGUAGUGGCCUCUUUGACUAGUAGACAAGGGUCAGAAGAAAACGAUGAACCAGUAGUCAGUGCAGUAUUUGAUUUAGAAGGGCAUGCCUCAGCAUUUUCUCAAUUAGAAACAUUGGAUGUGAAGUGUUUAUAUGAGGUUGAAUAUUUUUGGAAGAACGUUCAACCUGGAUUCCAGGGGUUUCAAAAUGUAAGAGAUUUAAGAAUUGACAAUUGGGACAGUUUAAAAUAUCUAUGCCCCUAUGAAAUUUACAAGCUCCUUGUGAAUCUCCAAGAAGUCAUGACAAUGAAUUGUAAGAAUAUUGAAACUAUAGUACUGGCAGCUGCUUCCACAGAGGACAAUAUCCAUGAAGAAGGGAAAGAGACAGGUGACAGUGGCACGAUGACUUUGUUUCCCAAACUACUCAAUUGGUUCGAACUAAUUGACAUGCCGAACCUCGAGAGAUUUUGCCCUGAUGCCUAUUCUUUUGCAUGGCCUUCCCCCACGAGAACUUUGUGGGUGGUUUUGUGUCCCAAAUUAAAGACAUUGGGUUUUGCACCACUAAGCAAAAAGCUGCCUGCAGCAGUUGCAGAGAAUUUGAGUGAUGAUCGUGUAAGAGGUAGUGUCACAUUCUGGGAUCGGCUCCGCCGUAGCACGAUAUUGUCCGCUUUGAGCCCCCUUCUCUACCCUCACAGUUUUGUUUCUGGGAACUCAUGA